AUGCCAAGCCCGCUCACUCACUCGGCCCCCUCCAUAGUCCAUAUCGCCCUCGUGCUCAUGCGUGCACGCGCGAUUCCUCAACGCCACGCACCCGUCUUUGCUCGCGACCCAUAUCCGCGCCCGUGCGUCUCCUCAAGCCCACCACCCACCAUCCUAGCAUAUCCUCCGCCUCCUCCACCUUCGUCAACACCUCUGCCUCCGAUGCCUCGUCCACCGUCACCACCAUCACCACCCACAUCACCACCACCACCACCACCUCCUCCUCCACCUCCUCACGCCGCUCCUCCGAGACUGCUCCAAGUCGAUGUCCGCGGCGAGCACCGCUCACAUACGCGCCGCCCUCCUCGACCAGGCCGCCGCUGCCGCAUCCGCAUCCGCAUCCGCAUCCUCGCGCACUGGCCGGCCUUGCCUUCCCCCGGCGUCACGCCCCCCUCCACCCUUGGCUGCUGUAUGAGCGGUAUAGGACGGGGAGCUUCUCGCACGACGUGCGACGCAGAAGAUCGGCAAGGAGGAGACGCGGCGGCUGACGCGCCCCCAUCGUCUACCCUGCACUCCUUUCCCGCGUCGCUGAGGCCUUCCGCGUGCGCGUUCUUGAGCGGCGACAUGCCUUGCCUUUGCGCGCGCGCUCAACGUCACUCACAGUCUCGCCCAGGCCACCUCGGCUCUCCAACCACGCAACCCAGGUGCACAUCUAGCGCGCUCAGAGCCUUCUGCACGCCUCAGUCCCCAUGCGCACCGCACCUGAGAGCAUACCUGUGCGCACGCCCCCCGUCCGCGACGGGCUCCUCCGCGCACAAAAUCGCCGCCCACGCGACCAACGUCGGCGCCAAAAUGCGCGCACCCGCAUUCUCCGCGCUCGCGACGACCCUGCCGGAUCGCAGGGCUCCAUCCUUUCCCUCGAAAUGA